CCAAUGGAGGACGUCUUUGCUGCCCGGGUCCUGCCCCUGCCCGGAGCUACAGCCGGAAGAUGGCGGCGGCUGCAGAGUUAGCGCUGCUGGAAAAGUCGCUGGGGCUGAGUAAAAGGAAUAAAUAUAGCGCUCGUGGCGACCGCCAGAUUCCAGUUCUUCAAACAAACAGUGGUCCAAGUCUAACAGGAUUGACUACUAUAGCAGCCCAUCUAGUCAAGCAAGCCAACAAAGAAUAUUUGCUGGGGAGUACUGCAGAAGAAAAAGCAAUAGUUCAGCAAUGGUUAGAAUACAGGGUCACCCAAGUAGACAGACACUCCAAUAAAGAUGAUAUCCGCACUCUGUUGAAGGAUCUUAAUGCAUAUCUUGAAGAUAAAGUCUACCUUACAGGAUAUAACUUUACUUUAGCAGAUAUCCUAUUGUACUAUGGACUUCAUCGCUUCAUAGUCAGCUAUGAGGAAAGGACAGAACAGAGAGGGAGACCACCUCUUACCAACUUCUACCUUGAAACUGAAGCACGGAGAGGUUACAGAAGUAGCCCAAGGUCACACAACCAGUAAUCAAGGUGCUGGGAUUCAAACAUAAGUGUCUGGCUCUAUCUUAACCUGUAAACCACAUGACAGGUAUGCCAGUGAAAUUCUAGUUAAUCAAUUUGUGAAAUCAAUUGUUGCCAACCUUAGAAAAAAGCUGCCCUAGGCAUUAGACAAAAUAAAUGUGUACCUAAUUCGAAAAAUAAAUGAGAUGGUUGCACAACUCUGUGAAUAUACUAAAAACCUCUGACUUAUACACUGUAAGUAGUAAAUGUUGCAAUAUGUGAAUUAUAGCUCAAUAAAGCAAUUGAAAAAAGAAAGGAGUGGAGUCAAACACACCAGCCUCACCGUGUAUUAAGUAUAAGACCUUGCGUAAGUCACCGCAUAGGAAAUUCCUCAUAUGAAAUAGGAGUAAAGAUCACUGAUCUCAUUUAAAUUGCAAUGAGAAUGUAUAAAAAAAUUACCCAUCACUGUGCCUAGCACAGUAAAGGGCAGACUGCUCUGAAAGAUUGUAAAAGCAUAACCCACAAUUUUCUAAAGCCAAAUUCUUUUCCACCUGCCAUCCCUGAAGUGCCAACCUGCUCAAUACAUGAGCCCAUUUGAGGUUGACAAUUGGUAGCAGAGCAUCUUGAGAUUUUGGUAAAACAUGAAUUCAUAUUUCUUACCAGUUUAAAAGUCUCUGAUUCUCACAUCUUUUGAGCUGUUGGGAAAAAAGGCCAUGCUGUUUUUCUUAUUUUGUUUCUAAAAGAUCAGUGAGACCUGUCCGAAAGAGAGUGCAGCCAUCUUCAUGCAUGCUGUUCUUUCUGAAAAGUGAAUGCUCCUUUCCAAGCAUUUUCUUUCUGUAAGUCCCAGAAGCCUGCAGCGCUGACCAUUCAAUGAUUCUUGCAGAUAUUAUUUAGUGCCUAUUAUGUGUCAGAUACUCGGCUAGUCCCUUCAUAUAACACAGUUACAUCCCUACCCUCAUAGAGUUUAUAAUCCAAUGGUCUGUGAACAAGUUCCAAUGGUAUGGGAACUGGGCCCAUAGACCAGAGAAGCUAUCAGCCACUCUGCAUUCUUUGAAAGUAAAU